AUGUCAAAUUCCCAAAACUUCACAUCUUCUUCCAUCAUUUUCCUGCUUACUGGCGUUCCUGGGCUGGAAGCCUUUCACAUCUGGAUCUCCAUUCCCUUCUGCUUUCUGUAUGCAACUGCCCUCUCAGGGAACAGCCUGAUUCUCUUCGUCAUUAUCACGCAGCCCAGUCUCCACGAACCCAUGUAUUAUUUCCUCUCCAUGCUGUCCACCACAGACCUUGGGCUGUCCAUAUCCACUCUGGUCACCAUGCUGGGCAUAUUCUGGUUCAAUACCAGGGAGAUCAGCUUCAAUGCCUGCUUGUCACAGAUGUUCUUCAUUCAACUCUUCACUGUCAUGGAAUCUUCAGUACUGUUGGCUAUGGCUUUUGAUCGUUUUGUGGCCAUCUCUAAUCCCCUUAGGUAUGCUUCUGUCCUAACCAAUCUUAAAAUAGUGGUGAUUGGUGUAGCAAUUAUCACCAGGGGGACCCUUACUCUUACAAUUAUGGUGGUACUUCUUAAAAGGUUGUCCUAUUGCCGUAGCCACGUGCUCCUCCAUUCCUAUUGCUUCUAUCCUGAUGUAAUGAAGCUCUCGUGCACAGACACCAGGAUCAACAGUGCAGUUGGGUUGACUGCCCUGAUCACCACUGCUGGAGUGGACUCAAUCUUCAUUGUGCUUUCCUAUGUUUUGAUCAUUAGGACUGUCCUCAGCAUUGCUUCCCCUGAAGAGAGAAGGAAAGCCUUUUUUAGUACAUGUGUCUCCCAUAUUGGGGCUGUGGCUGUAUUCUACAUUCCAUUGAUCAGUCUGUCCUUUGUGCACAGAUUUGGAAAAGGAGCCCCACCUUAUGUAUAUACCUUGAUUGCCAAUGCCUACCUGCUGAUCCCUCCUGUGAUGAACCCCAUUAUCUACAGUGUGAAGACCAAACAGAUACGCAAGGCUGUGCUGAAAGUUUUCCAUUCAAGUGUGACAAAGACCUAG